CACACACACACACACACACACACACACAAACACUCCUUCCAACUUUCUCUCUUUCUCCCUCCUGCUCUGUCACUCACUCGCACGUUCUGCAACUGUCUCAAACUCUUUCUCUCUCUUUCUCUCCGAUUCCAUCGUUCUUUCUCAUGCUCCCUUCAAAAAAAAAAAAAAAGCCUAGGGUGGAGGUGGGGCAAGAAAAACUUUUGCGAAGCCUUUUUUUCACAGCCCAUUGUAAGCAAUCAGAGAGGCAAAUAGCAACCCAGUGAGCAGGACACUCUAACCCAGGCACACUCUCUCUCUCUCUCUCUCUUUCUCUCUCGCUCUCUCUCAUUCGCUCAGUGACUCCCUUGCCUCCUCUCUCCCUCUCCCUCUCUCUCUCUCUUUCUCUUUCUCUCCGCGACUCAGGGAGCAAUGCUCAGUCCACUAUCGCCUCGUCCACACACACACGGCCAGGCAGACAGGGGAUUUUCACACCACGCUGCCACUGCUGCUGAAGGACUCCACCGCCACAACCACCACCAUCACCAACACCAACACCACCACCACCACUGUGUCUGGCCACCCGCGGACCUCGACCUCCCCCGCCAGACGCCGGUCCCUGCCCAGAACGGUGCUCCGAGUCUGGGACGGCUCCUGUGAUCUCCCCCCCCCCCCGGGCUGCCGUGUUCGUUUCAGACCCUUGCGGACACAGCAGCACCAGGAACAGCAGAUGGACUCCACCACUCACCCUGCAGCGUCCAGGCUGGGUUAGUGGACCCAAAGUUCCCCUCGCUCUGGUCCAACGCCUCCAGCUUCUCCUGUGGGGAUUUCAUGCUCUGUCUCUCAGUCUCAGCACAGCCAGAAAGAGGAACUUUUUUUUGCGCGGUGGGUGUUUCUGGAACUUUUGUGACUUCUUCAACUGAGCCAGUUCUCUUCAAUCUCACUCACACACUUUCUCUCUUUCUUUAUUUCUUUCCGUCUCUCAUUCUCUAAAUCUUUCAUUCUCUCUUCUACCUCUCUCUUUCUGUCACUUUCCCUUUUCCUCUCUCUCUGUCUCUAUCCUUCCACUCUCUCUCUCUCCCCCUCUCUGUGUGUUUUCGUGGUGAACAUGUUGCCAGCUGUGUUGGUUGUGUGUUGGGUCGGGGUUCUGCUGGGGAGCGGACGGACUCAAGCUCAGUCACAGUCUCAGGGCCAAUCCAGGCCCGGUUCUUCCCCGGCCCAGGCCCAGGCCUCUGCCCAGGAUGCUUCCUCCCACCCCUGGAGGCAGAUGAUCCAGUGGGAGAACAACGGCCGGGUCUUCAGCCUGCUCAACAGCGGCGCCGAGUAUGUCCCGGCCCGAACUCCAGAACAGGACCGCAACCACCGGGUCCUGCUGGCCGACACGGCCCAAAGAACCCGGCGCCCACAGGGCGGAAAUGUCCGGCGCCAAGCACCUGCUCGGAGCGGGUCCGAGACCGUCAGGGGGCAGGCCCGGCACCCCUUUGGGUUCGGACAGGUGCCCGACAACUGGCGACAGGGCGCAGCGGGCACGGGCGAUGGCAGCGUUGGAACCGGAAGGUUCCAGUCGUCCUCCGGCACCCGUUUCAGGCCAUCCACUGGCUCUUCCUCAUCAUCAUCCUCAUUCUCACAGUCGUCCUUUAAUGCGCCCUCGUACCCGGCCUACCCCUACUCACCCCAACAGCAGCCUCCUUCCUACCCCGUCCCCUAUGACCCCAGCCUGGGUGACCGCAGCUUCGAGCCCCCCUUCCAGCGCCCGGGCACCGGGUACCCCGUGGGCACAGGUGGUGGCUACUCUCCACCACUCUCUGGUGGUGGAGGAGGAGGAGGAGGCUACACAGGAGGCAGUUACAGCUACGGCAGCCUCGUACCCGUCCCUCCGCGGGCAUCCCUGGAUCUGGCUGAUGACGGGUACCGCUACUACCCCCCCUUCGCGCAGCCUUACCCGGCCGUGCCCGCCGCACCCGCUGUACCCGCGGUGCCCGCGGCGCCCGUCGAUGGGCUGGACCGACGCUACACUCACAGCCUCUACCAUGCCGACUCCGAGCAGCCCGCCGAUGCCAACCAGGCCCCCCCGGCCUCCAACCCAGGACUGGUGCCAGGGCAGCCACCCGUGAGGAGCCCCCAGUACGAGCAGUUCCCCCCAUUCGGGCGCCCACAGCUACAGCCACAGCCCCCGUUCGUGCACCCCGUCCCCCCCGUGCCCGCCGUCCCCGCCGGCCGCAACCCGCUGGUCUCCAACUCAGCCGACACCAACCCCAGCGUCAGUGUGGGAAGUGUGUACAGGCCGGAGCAGAGAGGGAUGCCUGACCUGGUCCCAGACCCAAACUACGUGCAGGCCUCUACCUACAUCCAGCGCGCCCACAUGUACUCCCUACGCUGUGCUGCUGAGGAGAAGUGCCUGUCCAGCUCGGCGUACAGCUCCGAGACGUCCGACUACGACGUGCGGGUCCUUCUGCGUUUCCCCCAGCGGGUGAAGAACCAGGGCACGGCCGACUUCAUGCCCAACCGCCCACGCCACACCUGGGAGUGGCACAGCUGCCACCAGCACUACCACAGUAUGGAUGAGUUCAGCCACUAUGACUUGCUGGAGGCCAGCACAGGUCGUAAGGUCGCUGAGGGACACAAAGCCAGCUUCUGUCUGGAGGACACCACCUGUGACUUCGGACACCUGAAGCGCUACGCAUGCACCUCCCAUACACAGGGUUUGAGUCCCGGUUGCUACGAUACGUACAACGCAGAUAUUGACUGUCAGUGGAUCGAUAUCACCGAAGUUCAGCCAGGAAACUACAUUCUAAAGCUUACGGUGAACCCCAAGUACCUGGUGCAGGAGUCAGACUUCACCAACAACGUGGUCAGGUGCAACAUCCACUACACCGGACGCUUUGUUACCACAAACAACUGCAAGAUUGCCCAGUCCUGAUUGGUCCUGAGUGCCAGCCAAUGAGAAGUGUUCUUCCAGGAGAAUGCUGUUCCAUUGAAAUGUGAAUGGAAUUCUGUUUUUAAACCUGUUUAUUCUCCAUCAAUGUCCUUGUUGUGUUUAUUUUUGGUUUUGUAAUUGUAAUUGUUUUGUUUUUGUUUAUGAAUGUGUUGUUUUUAAUUCACGAGCCCUACUGUGAACUUGGGCUCUGCUGGCACUGAGGAGAACCUAAAGGUAUGCACAAACACACACACACACACGCACGCACACACACACACACACACA